CCCCCCCCCACAGACGCCCACUGCGACGUCCUCUCGGACGACCCAGCAGAGGGCCUGACCGUGGCCCUCCCCGACGCGGACGCCGAGCUCGUGCCCUUCAUGGAGAACGUGACGAUCGCGUGCAACGAGAUCGGGAAGCCCCGGCGCAAGACUGCCUCGGCCGACUUCCGUCAGUGCGUCUACGACCCGAGGCCCGGCUUCACCCUCGACUAUUGGCUGGCAGGUGCCGCCCCGAGCUGCCCCCGCAUCAACUGCGGCGAGCCGCCCGAGAUCCCCGGCUCCACGUACGGCUUCUACGUCGACACCCGCUACCGGUCCUCCUUCUUCUUCGGCUGCGAGGAGAUGACGACCCUGGCCGGGAAGUCCAAGUUCAACGACAAUGUCGUCAGGUGCCAGGAAGACGGAACGUGGGACUUCGGCGACCUCCGCUGCGAGGGCCCCGUCUGCGACGACCCCGGCCACCCCCCCGACGGCCUCCAAGUGUCGGCCAGCUACGAACAGGGUUCGCCCGUGUCGUUCACGUGCGACCGGAGCGGCUACAUCCCCAUCUCCCCGCUCCCGAUCAAGUGCGUCCGGGAGCCCGAGUGCCGCGUCAUCGUCCCCAUCGGCCUCACCUCCGGCAAGAUCCCCGACUCGGCCAUCAACGCCACCUCCAUGCGGUCAAACUACGAGGCGGCGAAGGUCAGGCUCAACUCCGCUACGGGAUGGUGCGGGCAGCAGGAGGCUUUCACCUACGUCUCUGUCGAUCUGGGCGCCGUGCAUCGCAUCAAGGCGAUCCUGGUGAAAGGCGUGAUCACCAACGACGUGGUCGGCCGGCCCACGGAGAUCCGCUUCUUCUACAAGAAGCAGGACUCUGAGAACUACGUCGUCUACUUCCCCAACUUCAACCUGACGGCCCGCGACCCCGGCAACUACGGGGAGCUGGCGAUGAUCACCCUCCCCGUCUCGGUGGAGGCGCGCUUCAUCAUCCUCGGCAUCGUCUCCUACGACAAGAACCCCUGCCUCAAGUUCGAGCUCAUGGGCUGCGAGGACGAGCCCAAGGCCAACCGCGUCCUGGGCUGGGACAACGGGUUCCCUGCCUGCGUCGACAACGAGCCACCGCUGUUCCUGUAUUGCCCGACGGAGCCGAUCGUGGUUCGGCGGGGGCCGAACGGGUUGGAGCGCGUGAACUUCACGGAGCCGGUGGCGACGGACAACGCGGGCCGGAUCGCGAGGACGGAGAUCCGGCCUAAGGGUUUCCGGCCGCCGGUCUACGUCUUCCAGGACACCAUGGUCGAGUAUCUGGCUUACGACUUUGACGGGAACGUGGCCAUCUGUCAGAUCAACAUCACCGUGCCGGACGAGACGCCACCGUCGAUCUCGUGCCCGCAGAGCUACGUGAUCGAACUCGUGGAGCGACAGGAGAGCUACCUGGUGGACUUCCGGGACGUGGUGUCCCGCGUGAACGCGACGGACAACGGCUCGAACGCGACCGAGAUCGAGAUCACGUUCAUCCCCGAGACGGCGACCAUCCCGGUGGGGGCGUUCGAGAACGUCACGGUGCUGGCGACCGAUGCGGCCGGGAACCAGGCCACCUGCCAUUUCCAGGUGUCAGUGCAAGCGACCCCCUGCGUGGAAUGGGAUCUGGAAGCCCCAGCAAACGGGGCACUCAACUGCCUGCCGAACGAAGAAGGCGACGGACUGAACUGCCUGGCCUCUUGCACCACCGGUUACCGGUUCACGGACGGAGAGGCGAUCAAGACUUACUCUUGCCGGCGACGGCAGCCCUGGUCUCCGACACGGGUCAUACCGGACUGCGUCCCUGAAGGUCAGGAUCCAACCGGAUCGUGUCUUCAGCGAAGACUUGCGCGGCAGGAAGGACUUGACGCGGUAUCGUUUUGCAUUGCAGAUACGGCGCUGGCCAGCUACGACGUCGUGGCCAGUGUGACAUACCGCAGUAACGGGUUCCUGGGUCCCGCCUGCCUCCAGCAGUACGUGGGUCUUCUCGAGGCGUUCUAUGAAAACCUGGCCGAACGGCUCAGCGAAAGGUGCUCGGCCAUCAACGUCAACAUGGAUGUCAGGUUCCUUCGGGCGACGCCGCAGAUCAUCUCUGAGAAUGUCCUUCAGAUCGACUACACCCUGAGGAUAGCACCAGCCGUGCGGCAGCCGCUGCUCUACGACCUAUGCGGCUCCACCCUCGGUCUGAUCUUCGACCUGUCGGUGCCGUCCACGUCCGAGGUGAUCUCCCCGCUGCUGAACGUGAGCGCCAUCGGGAACCAGUGCCCGCCGCUCCGGGCGAUGAGCAGCACCAUCUCGCGGGGCUUCACGUGCGGGGCCGGGGAGGUCCUCACCAAGGUCAACGAGGGCGUUCCGCGCUGCCUGCAUUGCCCAGCCGGGACGUUUGCAGCUGACUCCCAGUGUCAACAAUGCCCACGCGGCCACUACCAGGACCUCACGCGCCAGGAUCAGUGCAAGCGGUGCCCAAUGGGCACGUUCACCCGAGAGGCAGGGAGCAAGAGCCUGCUGGAGUGCGUGCCGGUGUGCGGGUACGGUUCGUACAGCCCCACGGGGCUGGUGCCUUGCCUCGAGUGCCCGCUCAACUCCUACACCGGGGAGCCGCCGUCCGACGGGUUCAAGGAAUGCCAGCUCUGCCCGACCAACACCUUCACGUACAAGCCGGCGGCGUCUGGAUCUGGUUUCUGCAGAGCCAAGUGCCGUCCCGGGACUUACUCUGACACAGGCCUUGAGCCGUGCGCCUCGUGCCCGGCCAAUUUCUACCAACCGUUCGAGGGUCAGUUGUCAUGCUUCGAGUGCGCGUCCAACGAGCGCACCACGCGACCGGGCUCGGAGAGCCGGUCGUCGUGCAAGGAGAUCGAGUGCCCGGCGAACAAGUGCCGGCACGGGGGCCUGUGCAUCGCGGAGGGACACGAGCCGAGAUGCUACUGCCCUGCCGGUUUCAUUGGCGACAUUUGCGAGGAGGAUCUGAACGAGUGUCUUUCGGAGCCGUGCUACAACGGGGCCACAUGUGUCGACCUGCCUCAGGGUUAUUCCUGCACUUGUCCUGCAGGAUACACGGGGCUCCAGUGCCAAGACGAGGAGAGCGACUGCCUCGACGACCCCUGCCCCGACCGAGCCAUGUGCAAGGACCUGCCCGGGAUCGGGAAUUUCGAGUGCCUCUGCCGCUCCGGGUACACGGGACCGAGCUGCAACGUGACCCUGGACCCGUGCACCAUCGGGGGGAACCCGUGCACCAACGGGGCCCAGUGCGUGCCGCUGCAGCAAGGGCGGUUCAAGUGCGUCUGCCCGCACGGAUGGGAGGGUCGGCUCUGCGAUAAGAACAUAGACGACUGCGCCGAAAACCCAUGCCUGCUGGGAGCCAACUGCACGGACCUGGUGAACGACUUCAAGUGCGACUGCCCCAGCGGGUUCACGGGGAAGAGGUGCGACCUGAAGGUGAACCUGUGCCAGGGGAGGCCGUGCGUCCACGGCAAGUGCGUCGACAGGCUCUUUGACUACCAGUGCGUCUGCGACGAAGGGUGGACAGGUCGAAACUGCGAAUCGGACGUGAACGAAUGCGAGAAGAAUCCCUGCGAGAACAACAGCGAAUGCGUGGACGAAACGAACGGGUUCAGGUGCACGUGCGAAUCGGGCUACACGGGCGCCAGGUGCCAGCACGUAGUCGACCACUGCUCUAGCGAGCCCUGUCAGAACGGCGGCACGUGCAUCAACGGACUGGACGGGGCGACCUGUCAGUGUCGGCCGGGUUUCGUGGGUCUCCAGUGCGAGGCGGCGACGGACGAGUGCCAGUCGAAUCCGUGCAAUCCGGUGGGGACGAAGGAGUGCCUGGACCAGGAUUUCGCAUUCGAGUGCAGCUGCCGUCCCGGGUACGUCGGGGAGUUCUGCGAGACGAACGCGAACGAGUGCGCGUCGAACCCGUGUCUGAACGGGGGGACGUGCAAGGACGAGACGGAUCGGUUCGUGUGCAAGUGCGCGCCGGGCUGGGCGGGGGAGAGGUGCGAGAAGGACAUCGGGGGAUGCACGGGGAAGCCGUGCCUUAAUAAUGCGGAGUGCCUGGAUCUCUUCGAGGAUUAUUUCUGCGUGUGUCCGUCGGGGACGGACGGGAAGAGGUGCGAGGUGACGCCGGAGAGGUGCAUCGGGUCGCCGUGCAUGAACGGAGGGUCGUGCAGGGAUUUCGGCUCGGGGCUGAACUGCUCGUGUCCGAGGGAUUACACGGGGAUCGGGUGUCAGUACGAGUUCGAUGCCUGCCGGGAGGGGGUGUGUCAGAACGGGGCGACGUGCGUGGACAAGGGGCCGACGUAUCAGUGCGUCUGUGCGCCCGGAUACACGGGGACCAACUGCGAGAAGGACAUACCCGAUUGCAACCCCGGCAGUUGCCCGUUCAGCGCGACGUGCAUCGACCUGGAGAAUGCGUUCUACUGCAAGUGUCACUUCAAUCUGACGGGCGAGGACUGCAACAAGGCGCUGAAUAUCGAUUACGACCUGUAUCUAAACGACGAGUCGAGAAGCAGCUCGGCGUCUUUGGCGGUGCCGUUCCAGAUGGGGCCGACGUCGAGUCUCACGAUUGCGCUGUGGGUGCAGUUCAGUUACAAGGACGAGCUGGGGACUUUCUUUACGUUGUACUCGGUGGGGUCGCCGUACAUUCCGGUGCGCCGGAAGAUCUUGGUCCAGGCUCACAGCUCGGGGGUGCACAUCGCGCUGUUCCCCGACCAUCAGGAUCUGUACAUCACGUAUCGAAGCCAGAUCCCGGUCAACGACGGGCAGUGGCAUCACAUCGCGCUCAUCUGGGACGGGCAGACGGGGACGGUGACGCUGACGACGGACGCGGUCGUCGUUGCGUCCAUCGAGGGGUACGGAGCCGGGAAAGUCCUGGACACGCACGGGUGGGUCACCCUCGGGUCGCCGCUGUCGGAUAACCAGCCGUCGCUGGCGGAGUCGGGUUUCCACGGCAAGAUCUCUCGCGUGAACGUCUGGCAGCGUCCGCUGGACAUCCGGACGGAAAUUCCCAAGCAGGUGAAGAGCUGCCGAAACGCGCAGGUGCUCUUCGACGGUCUCAUACUCCGGUGGUCCGACUACGACCGGUUGGAAGGGAACGUGGAGAGGAUCAGCCCGGCGACGUGCGGGAACAAGGUGUGCCCGGCCGGGUAUUCCGGUCCCAAGUGUCAGAGCUUGGACCGGGACAAGGUCCCGCCGAGGAUCGACUACUGUCCCGGCGACAUGUGGGUCAUCACGAAGAACGGGUCGGCCGUCGUGAACUGGGACCCGCCGAUCUUCACGGACGACAUGGGGGUGAAGCGGGUGGUGGAGAUGCACGACUACGUCCCGGGCCGGGCGUUCUCGUGGGGCACGUACCAGGUCGCGUACGUGGCGUACGACGAGGCCGGCAACGCGGCGGAAUGCACCUUCAAGAUCUACGUCCUCUCGGAGUUCUGCGAGCCGCUGGAGAAUCCGGUGGACGGGACGCAGAGUUGCAGCGACUGGGGCCCCGGAGGACGAUUCAAGGUCUGUCAGAUCGCCUGCAACCCGGGUAUGAAAUUCUCUCAGGAAGUUCCCAAGUUCUACACGUGCGGGGCCGAAGGAUUCUGGCGGCCCACUCCGGACCCCACGGAGCGUCUGGUCUAUCCUGCUUGCGCCCGAUUUUACAAGCAUGUAUGUCACUCUCUCCCUUCAGCCGCAAGCGCAGCCCAGCGCGUCUUCAAGAUCAACAUGCAGUUCCCGUCUUCGGUGAUCUGCAACGAAGGCGGCCAGCAAGUCCUCAGGGAGAAGAUCCGCACCGCUCUCUUCAAGCUCAAUCGGGACUGGCGAAUCUGCUCAAACACCGUCGAAUCCAACGGAGUCUGUCGCGGACUGGACGUGAACGUGAAGUGCUCCCAGAAGGAAGCCCCCAGGGCGAAACGCCAGACGGAGGACAUUGUCUACGAAGUGGACGUCUCCUUCCCUGCCGUCAAUGACCCAACCCGAAACACGAACAACAACAUCCAAUCGAGCAUCAGAGCCCUCAUCGAGCAGAUCAUCCUCGAGGAGAACGAAUUCGACGUGUCGGACGUGCUGCCCAGCGUCGUGCCGGACCCGAGCAGCCUCAAGCUGACGUCCGACUACGCCUGCCCGAUCGGGAAGGUGGUCGUGCCGCCCGACUGCGUCGACUGUGCGGCCGGGUCGUUCUUCGAUGCCACGACGGCGACGUGUAGGUUGUGCCCCGUCGGGACGUUCCAGAACGAGUUGGGACAGAUACGGUGCAAGCCUUGCCCCACGAUCUCGGGGAAGCAGGGCGUCACUGCCAACGUUGGCUCCAGGUCCUCCAACAUGUGCAAAGAACGUUGCGUCGCUGGUCAAUAUUACGACGUGGAAACGAGCCUCUGCCGGCCUUGUGGCUACGGCAUGUACCAACCGGAGGAGGGCAAAUUCUUCUGCAUACCCUGUGGCCUUGGACUCACCACCAGAACUGACCAAGCUACCUCUGACCUGGAAUGCCGCGAGGAGUGCGACUCGGGAUUCCAGUUGGGAUUGAACGGAGGCUGCGAUCCAUGCCCACGAGGUUCCUUCAGGGGCAAGGGUGUGGACUUGGCGUGCAAGAAGUGUCCCGAGGGAAGAACCACGCUCGGAUCCGGGGCCGUCACCAUCGAAGACUGCUCGCUUCCCAUCUGUCAACCUGGCACAUACCUGAACGCAACGCAAGGAAACAAGUGCGUGGGCUGCCCGAAGGGCACCUACCAGCCGGAGGAGCAACAGCCCAAGUGCCUCGAAUGCCCACCGAACAAGUCGACCCCGGGGACGGGCAGCAAGUCGGUGGACGACUGCACCAACCCGUGCGAGGUGGGAGGGAAGGAGACGCUCUGCCAUCACCACGCCCAGUGCUUCUUCCAGAAGGAGACCAACGAGUUCUCCUGCAUCUGCAAGAAGGGAUUCGAGGGCAACGGCACCUAUUGCAAAGAUAAAUGCGAGAGUUACUGCGAGAACGACGGAACGUGCGAAAAGGACGACGCCGGGAACCCGUUGUGCAAGUGCCUCGGCAGCUUCACGGGUCGGACGUGCGCCGACAAGUCGGAGUUCGCCUACAUCGUGGGCGGUAUCGCCGGCGCCGUCAUUCUCGUCAUCUUCGUCGUGCUCAUCAUCUGGAUGAUCUGCGUCCGGACGUCCCGCCGGAAGGAGCCGAAGAACAAGGGUCUCAUGGCGCCCCCUGCGGCCAACCUGGACCCGGCCGGUUCCGGCGCCGUCAACUUCUACUACGGCUCGCCCGCUCCCUACGCCGAGAGCAUCGCGCCGUCGCAUCACUCUACUUACGCUCACUACUACGACGACGAAGAGGACGCCUGGGAGAUGCCUAAUUUCUACAAUGAGACUUAUUUGAAAGAGAGCCUGCACAAUAAAGUGAACAGUCUGGCCCGCUCCAACGCCAGUAUAUACGGGACACGGCAGGACGACCUCUACGACCGGCUCCGCCGACACGCUUACCAAGGCAAGAAAGAUAAGAGUGGGAACGAGACGACGAGUGACAGCGACCAAGAUCAAGCGCAGUGAAGCAACAGCAGGGCUGUGCUGAAUUUGCAGGAAAAAUUUUAAAAAUUUUCCACCUGGGCAUGACAAAAACUUUAUCGCAACUCAGAAGAGAAAAUUUAUCCUUUUAAUGUGAUGCGGAAUGAGUGGGGAAUGCAGUGCGUACGGAUGCGUGUAUCUAUUUGCGCAGAGUGUUUGUGCGAUCCCAUGACCUUUGACCUCGUUCUCGGUUUUUCUCUUCCUCUUUUUAACUUAUGUCGCUUUUUUUUUUUUACUUUUUGCACUUGACGGAUGCCAGUCGGAGAGUGAGAGAGGAACAAAGAAGUCAUAUAUGGAGAUUUUUUUGUAAUAUGAUGAUGUUGUGACGUUGCUCAAGCAAUGAUCUGAUGUUUUCCCUGUUGAGUCAUCGUGACUUGUGCCUUCUUACAUGCAAAAUAAAACGCCAACUCUCCUUCCAA